CAGAGGGGCAGGCAGCACGCGCCAGGCAGCCGGAGCACCAACCCAGCCAUGCUCCCUGAGAUCAGUGAACGCCUAGAGCUUCUAGGCUCUGACCCCGCCUAUCUCCUGGAAAACUAUAGCUCUUCCUUUGACUAUGGAGGAGAAAACGAGAGCGAUUUCUGCUGUGAUUCCCCACCCUGCCCACAAGACGUCAGCCUGAACUUUGACCAGGCCUUCCUGCCAGCCCUCUAUGGCCUCCUCUUUGUGCUGGGGCUGCUGGGCAAUGGUGCUGUGGUGGCAGUGCUGCUGAGCCAACGAGCAGCCCUGAGUAGCACUGACACCUUCCUGCUUCACCUGGCUGUGGCUGAUGCCCUGCUGGUGCUAACCCUCCCCCUCUGGGCAGUGGACGCUGCGAUCCAGUGGGUUUUCGGCUCUGGGCUCUGCAAAGUGGCAGGUGCCCUCUUCAACAUCAAUUUCUAUGCAGGGGCCCUCCUGCUGGCCUGCAUCAGCUUUGAUCGGUACCUGAGCAUAGUGCAUGCCACUCAGCUCUACCGCCGGGGGCCCCCGGCUCGUGUGACCCUCACUUGUGUAGCUGUCUGGGGGCAAUGUCUAUUCUUUGCCCUCCCUGACUUCAUUUUCCUGUCAGCCCACCGUGACGCACGCCUCAAUGCCACCCACUGCCAGUACAACUUCCCACAGGUGGGCCGCACGGCACUGCGCCUACUGCAGCUGGUGGCUGGCUUCCUGCUGCCCCUGAUGGUCAUGGCCUACUGCUAUGCCCGCAUCCUAGCUGUGCUGCUGGUCUCCAGGGGCCAGCGGCGACUGCGAGCCAUGCGGCUGGUGGUAGUGGUAGUAGUGGCCUUUGCCCUCUGCUGGACCCCCUACCACCUGGUGGUGAUGGUGGACAUCCUCAUGGACAUGGGGGCUUUGGCCCGCAACUGCGACCGAGAAAGCCAUGUGGACGUGGCCAAGUCUGUCACCUCAGGCCUGGGCUAUAUGCACUGCUGCCUCAACCCGCUGCUCUAUGCCUUCGUGGGUGUCAAGUUCCGAGAGCGGAUGUGGACGCUACUUCUGCGCCUGGGCUGCCCUGGCCAGAGUGGGCACCAGAGGCAGCUGCCAUCUUCCCGCCGGGAUUCAUCCUGGUCUGAGACCACAGAGGCCUCCUACUCGGGCUUGUGAGGCUGGGCUGAAGGUGACCCUUUUGCCACGCAGCCUGACUCCCCCCUCAUUCCAGGUUCCUUUCUCCCUUCCUCUCCCCUGGUCCUGGCUCCCCAGAUGCACACUCCUGGGAUUUCCUGGGAGCCCCCCUCCUGGCUCUUGGGACUUCGACACUGCUGCUCCUUAGUUACAAAGCCCUAUCCUGCCGAUUCAGAGUUGGCUGCUUUCAGGCCCUUCUUUCUUUGGCUGCAUGGAACCCAACCACCCUCUUAAUUCAGUAACUAGACUUUGGCCUUCCCCAUGUGCAAAGAGCAUGAAGCAAGCAAGCAUGGUGGAAACUGUCUCUGUGGGAUCUUAGCCCAGGCCUCCAGCGCAGCAGUGACUGGCUAUGGUCCCCAACACCUCUCUAUUUGCUCAUUUUUAUGUCUAAAAUUCUGCUUAAA